CGGGAAUGGGGACGAAAAAAGAAGACACUUGGUGCUACGCGCAAUCCCGUCCCCGGAGGAAACACGCUGCGCAGCACUAAGGGCCUGGCGGCGCGGGACGCUCUGAUGACCCCGGUUGGAGCCGCCGCUGAAGCGAGCGGGAGCCGAGCAGAACCGCAAGAGAUGGCGUCUCAGCCGCCGCCCCCACCGAAGCCUUGGGAGACUCGGAGGAUCCCGGGGGCCGGGACAGGGCCGGGACCCGGCCCCUCCUUCCAAUCUGCUGAUUUGGGUCCUACCUUACUGACAAGGCCAGGGCAACCAACUCUUACGAGAGUACCCCCACCGAUUCUUCCAAGGCCAUCACAACAGACAGGAAACAGCAGUCUGAACACUUUUAGACCUGCUUAUACUUCCUUUUCUUCUGGAUAUGGAGCAUAUGGAAAUUCCUUUUAUGGAAGCUAUAAUCCUUACAGUUAUGGAUAUGGUGGUUUAGGGUAUAACCGGUUCCGUAUGGAUGAUCUUCCUCCCAGCAGAUUUGUCCAGCAAGCUGAAGAAAGCAGCAGAGGUGCAUUUCAGUCCAUUGAAAGUAUUGUGCAUGCAUUUGCUUCCGUCAGUAUGAUGAUGGAUGCCACCUUUUCAGCUGUAUAUAACAGUUUUAGGGCUGUUUUGGAUGUAGCCAAUCAUUUUUCCCGAUUGAAAAUACAUUUUACAAAAGUGUUUUCAGCUUUUGCAUUAGUUAGGACUAUACGGUAUCUCUACAGACGGUUACAGCAGAUGAUGGGUUUAAGAAGAGGCUCUGAGAAUGAGGAUUUAUGGGCAGAAAGUGAAGGUACUGUGGCUUGCCUUGGCCCAGAAGACAGAGCCGCUAAUUCAGCAAAAUCUUGGCCAAUUUUUUUGUUUUUUGCUGUUAUCCUUGGGGGCCCUUAUCUCAUCUGGAAACUGUUAUCCACCCACAGUGAGGAAAUAACAGCUACCACCAAUUGGGCGAGUGGUGAAGAUGAUCAUGUUGUAGCUAGAGCAGAAUAUGAUUUUGCUGCUGUUUCUGAAGAAGAAAUUUCUUUCCGGGCAGGUGAUAUGCUAAACUUGGCACCCAAAGAACAACAACCUAAAGUUCGUGGCUGGCUUCUUGCUAGCCUUGAUGGUCAAACAACAGGACUUGUACCAGCUAAUUAUGUCAAAAUUCUUGGUAAAAGAAGAGGUAGGAAAACAGUGGAAUUGAAUAAGAUUACCGAGCAGCAACGAGCGUUUACCAACUCGACCCUAAUUAGUGGAACCACUGCUACUGACGCAUUGGAGGAGCAGGAAGCUGCCUUUGAAUCUGUUUUUGUUGAAAAUAAUAAGGUUCCUGUUACAUCUGAAUCCACUGGCAAAAGUGGAGAUAAACAAGAUCUUUGAUAUCCUUCAUAUUUACUUAAAAUUGAACUGUUUUCAAAAAUACAGUUUUGAUAAUUCUUUAAAAGAAAUAACCCACAAUCUAAUGCAAACAUUUGUUUUGGCUAUUGUAGGUGUUUUUGCUGCUAGAAAAGACUUAAAGUUGUACUUUAGUAAGCUGGUUCAGAAUGUGAUCUGGUUGCAUUCUACAGGUCAUUGGAGUAGGAAAUUUUCUUGGUCCUGGAUUAAGACUGCCAGUUUCUCAUCAAAUGCCCCAUUGUUUGUCGAAAGAGUUACUUUGAUGAACUCUAGAAUGUAUUCUUAAUGGAAUGUGGAACUCUUAAUUUUUUAAGACUUCUGAACAGAUUGUCUGAGAAUCCUUAGAAAUUAGGAAAUAAUGUAUGAAAACUUGAGAACCAGGCCAAAAAACAAAACAAAACAAAACAAAACAUUUCUUGGCAUUUUUUUUAAAGACCUUAACUACCCAAAGUAGUUUAAGGGCAUGUAGCCAGAGAUGUGUCCUUUUAAGUAAGAACUCCUGGAUACAAAGAACUAGAUGACUUUUAUUGCAGCCUAGUUCUGCAUUAUUUACUUUUGAUUAUAUUUUUUCCACCUUUACAGAAUAAUUUCACAUUUAUUCUUUUUUUAAAAAUAUCUUAGUUCAGUAGAACUUUAGAAAAGUUCAGUAGGAGCAUUGUGAAUAAAACUACUUACUAGAAUGAUUUAAAGACUGAUUAUAGCACCAAAAUGCUUUUGAGUCCAGUAUGUGUGUCAUUUCUUUGUGCUUAGAACCCUACAUCUUUUAAGCUCUUAAAAAUAUGGCUAUUUUUAUGGAAAGAGUCAAGAGUACAGUAAAGAUGCUUUUCCUCAAAAAAACCUGAACAAGCAAGCUCUUUGAGACUGAGUAAAAUGAUUUACCCAGUUCUAGACAUGGUGAUAAAUUAGCUUAUUCGUUAAAAUCCUGUUUCUGUCUUAAUAUGAUUACUUUUUUAAAUUUCACAUGUGGAUAAUCCUGCAAAAUAAUUAAAAAUGUUACAGGUUGUUUCCUUUAGAUUUAAGAUUUGAAGCUAACAAAGCAAAGUAGAUCACAAAUACUAUAUUGCCAUUCAGUUAAGUAUCCUACUUGAUUUGAGUUCUUUGUUUAAAUAAUGAUUUCAAAUGCAACUAAAUUUCAGGGUGCCUAAAUAUCUUCUAGCAAAAUCUGGACAUUCUUCUAAACCAUGAUUAUAAAUGACAGUGAUUCCUUUAAAAAAAAAAAAAAAAAAAAAAAAACUUUAAUACUAAGCUCAAAAUAGUAAAGAAGUUUUAAGAUGAUGUCUAAAACUGAAUUAUUUGAUAAAAUUAUGCAUUAGUAUGCUUUUACUUUUUUUUUUUCUAUAACUUUGUAUUCUCUAAAUGAGUACUUUUUGUUUAUAUUCUCUAAAUGAGUACUUUUAGAACAAACUACAAUGUGAGUAGCUUAAAUGUAAAGAAAUUUAUUAAAGGACAUCUCUGAAACUUGUUUUAAUAGACAUUGCUUAAUUAGUACUCCUGUCUGAAGAGGAAUAUGGAACAUUUUAGAAUUUUAAAAAUGUAUGAUAGAGCUAAAAAGAUGGAGAGAAAAUAAACUUCCUAAAUAUGUUAGAGAUUCAGCCAAGGUAUAUAAAAAAAUCUUUAAAUAUUAUUCUUACUGACUUUUUCCAGAUUUUGUGGUUCAUUCUUAAAUGUAAUUUAUGGGAUCCAUUCUAAAUUUCAUACCAAAAUUCUUUUUUAAAGCAUAUUAGUUAUUUAACUUGAUGUUGGGACAGCCAAAUUGAAUCGAUUAAAGUGUAAAUAAAUGGUCAAAAUAAAAAUGCCCUUGGUGGUAGACAUAUUAAAUUUGAAUUUGAAGCAUAUAGUUCCUAGGCUAGGGAGUAUGGUUGCUAUUAAGAAUGAAGAAGGAAUAACAGAGCACAAAAUAAUAAAGUGGAUAAAUAUAACUUCAUCUUCCAUUGACAUAGUUCCUAUGUCCUUGAUAUUUUUACUAUGGUAGGUUGCUAUAUAAAUUAUUGCACUGGUGAGUAUAUGUAUGUGUGGGCAUCCCUAUUUUACUGGAAAACCAGGAAGGGAAUUAAGAAUUUUGAAAAAGCAAAGAGUAUCUUUGAACUUUCUGUUAUCAUGACCUUUAUGAUACAAUUUUUCAGGUAGGGCUAAAUUUGUUUGCUGUUCAGGUCCCCAGUGUUUUGCUUUAUCAAUUAUUUAAUUAAGGAGUGGCUAUUUUAAAGAAACUAUUAACAAAAACAUUUUCAAGUUAAAUAAUAUGAUUCUCACAUUAUCAAUAAGCAGACAUUUAGCAUUCUCAGUUUUUCUGAUUGUAUUCUUUGACCUAUUGACUUAAAGAAAACAAAGUAAGGAUACUGUAGUUUGUUAGUCGUUAAAUGUUUUAUUUUUAGGUAUCUGAUUUAGUCUAUCACUGUGUCAUAACUCUAUAUUAACUUGAAUAAAAUUAUACUUUGUCUUUUAUUUUCUUAAUGAAAAAAGACAGAGAAAGUGGAUACAGUUAAAUAUAUUUUAUUUUUAAAUGAUUGUGAAAUCACAUGUACUGUAUAAAUAAAAAUAAAUUUCAUGGAUAUUGUUUGCAGGUAACCUGAGAUUCUGUUUUUCAAUUCAGAAGCUAAUAUGAGAAGUGUUAGCGUUUUUCAAAAGUUAAUUUUCUCAUGUCAUGCACAUCAAACUGUUUCUAAACCAUUUACAUGUUCUUUUUCUUCUGAUUUAAACAGCUCCCAAUAAAAAUAGUUUUAUGUU